UUUAUAAAUGUCUUUAAAAUUAUAGGCAUCAAUAAAAUGUUACCACAUUACAAAUCUGUUUGGAGUGAGGAAGAAAACUUGGGAAAAAAUGUUUGUAAGCCUAUUUCUUCAUGGUCAUCUCAGAAUUGGAUAGCAUUUACUAUUGGUCACAUAUGGAAGCAACCCUCCCCAAAUAAGAUUGAUACUGUUUUUAUAUGCAACCCGGAUCAGCCCUGGGAAUUAUAUACUUUGCAAACCAAUCAUGGCUGUGCGAUUGUUCACUUGCAGUGGGAAGGUGAUGGAAUGGGGUUUAUUACGGUUGAUUCCAAGGGUAUUGGUAAAAUAUGGCACCCUGAUAAAAACUUGGUUAAUAACUGGACAUGUUCAUCCACUAUUGAUAUUGGCGAAGGUGAUAUAAUAAGAUGUUUUUCCUGGAUUAAUAGUCGAAGUAAAUACAGUAUUGAUGUGGAGAAGCUAUUUCUAACGAAAGAUUUCUUUAAAAAAUUUUCCCAAAUCAAAAAUGAGAAUGCUCUUAACGGUAUCGCACAUGGACAAAACGGAUUUAUCAUUGUAACAUCUAGUGGUUUGUUUAAAAUUUUUCUUCUUCAAGAUGACAAUGAACCUGCAAUUUUUACCACAAGGCUCGGUAGCAUCAAGUUUAACGUACUUUAUGCAGACAUUUGCGUAAACGAAAAUGGAAAAGUAUGUAUAGCUGCUUUGACUGAUCAAUGUAUGGUGGAGUUAUUUUCCAUCACUUGCAAAGAGAAUACUACUGGUUUGGAAUUAUCAGUAGAUGUAUCACCAUGCAUUGUCCCACAUGUGGGCUCAAAUGAUCAGGAUUUUAUCAAUUUUAAAAUUGUUGACAUAAAGUACAUUUCCAUUGGUUCCAGCGAUCAAGUAUUAGUCUUAUCAAAAAGUAAAUCAGCAAGUUGUGUUCAGGUUUUUGAGAUUAAAAAAGAACAGGUUAUGUUGCAUCCUUGUUUUCCACGUGGACAGUCAUCUCAACAAUGUGCCGACACUUGUGUCUGUUUAAAAACUUUCAGAUUCCAACACAACAUCAAGUCCAUGUUUGUAACAAACUUACGGUAUUCAAAUUUAGGAAAAUCCAAGGAUCUGUCAUUAUCGCCAAAACUUGUCAUGUUAGACGAGGGAGGCGGUUUUCAUGUGUAUUCUUUAUACAAUUGGUCGCAAGUUGUGAAAUUGAGUACUGUGCAGUUACUACAGACCAAUCACAUUACCUGUGCAUCGUUUUCACCAUGUGAUCAUUGUCUUUUUGCUGUUUUAAACAAUGGUGACAUAAUGUUGUUCACACUACCGCACUACUCGAUUUGCCAAGAUAAAAUCAAAGUAAAGAAUCUUGUCAACUUACUUCAAUAUAGCAUGGUUGAGGGCUGUAUACCUUGGGAUGUUAUGAUGUAUUUUAGUUCAGUUGAAAAAAAUAUUUUAGACCAAUCAUUCCAAACCUUUUUGGACGAUUAUAAUGAGUGCAAUGCGUUUCUGCAAAACCUUUUUAACAAUUCUUUUUGGAAUGUUAAAACAAUGUUUUAUCGCCUGUAUAAAGAUUACUGUGGAGUAGUUGAAAGUUGUAAUAUUAUGUUACUGCACAACCUGUAUUAUUAUGUUGUGUCACGCUUACAAACUGACAAGGAAUCUGUUUUAAUGGACACAAUACAUAAAAUCUGCUCAUCAAAUAAAGAAGCUGAUAUUAGCAAGAUUCUUCCAUUGAUAGAUACGAAAGAUACAAACAUCUUUUUGUGCAGUGAUACCACACAACGACCUUUAGUUCAAUGGGUUACUGAUUAUGCCCUCCAUUUUGUUCGACUAAUCCUAUCAAAGAAUCAUCAUGGUCAGAAUUGGAGGCUGGCUCUUAAAUAUUUUGAUCCAACAUGUUUUUUACAUUUGCGACAACUCUUACUGUUAUUUCACAUCAUUUAUCAGAAAAACUUUAAACUUCCACAUGUCCAUCCAGUUUUUAUGACCAUGGCAAGCUCUUCAGAUAUCACAGCACAGUUAUUCAAGUUGGUAACUAAAUUACAUCAAAUAUCAACUGGGGAAGCUGGAACUGAAGUGGGUAUGAAUGAUUUACCAUUCAGUAACCUACCUGUGUUGUAUUUGGAAUUUCCUUCACAUGAUCCAAAAAGCAGUAUAUUAUCUAGCUUGAAUGUCACAUCAAACAAGAUUGAUGAAUAUCAGCUGCAAUUAAAAAGUGAUCCUUGGGAGUAUAUCCAUAAGACAGCACUGGAAAACCCUUUGAGCAUGGGAAUCUCUACUGUGAAUACAUGGUUACGGCAGAUUUACGAUGGAGUUAACUUCAUGCCCAGCUCGUUAAUGUUAAGCGAGGUUGUGAAGCAAUGUUGUAAUUGUGGAUGCUUGACGAUACAUAGUGGACAUAGCAGUAGAGUGUUUAAUACGUUGUGGAAAGCAUGCUGGGAACGAAAAUGUUUUUGUGGUGGAUGGUGGAAGCAAGUUGAAUGGCAUAUUUGAUUAAACAUUUCUUGUUUCUUUGAACAGUAAUUAAAAUAAUAAAGAUUUUGUAAAUCAUGAGAGCGUUCUUGAAUUAAAUCUCGAUAUUCUCAUUGUAAUAUUACCCGAAAUUUAAAAUAAUGGCUUUUUUUUAAUGGUGGGGAAUUUUGCCAGUUUAAAAUACUAUUUUCACGAUGCAUUUUUUUUGGUUAUUUUUUGAUUUGACUAUUAGUUGGCGUGCAUUUCAAAUUUUUUAUUUUAUUAUAAAUUGUCAGAAGAAUAGAAAAUUAGGGAAAAUUAUAGAUUAUGUCAGGAAAUAUUAGUGAUACCAGAUUUCUUAAUUUCUAGUCCCAUUACGAGUGAAUGUUUUUUUUUCGAAAUACUUUUUUUUAGUUCGAAAGCUGUGUCAAAAUGAAAUUCUGUUGACAUUGAGAUUGUUUCCUGUCAUUAGUUUUUUGGCAUUAUUUAUUACUUUUUUCUCUGAGAAAAAUUUAAUUCUUUCCCUUUGUGUUACCCGAAAUUUGUCACAUGUUUUUUUGUAGCUCACCUGAUAAUCUAAAUGAUUCAAGUUUUAUUUCUUAAACUUUAUUUAAACAUAUCGUUUAUAGUGGUUCUUCAGGCUUUUUAAUUAGUUAAAAGUAUAUAUAAUUUUUAAUUAACCCUUAACAUUUACAUUGAUAAAGAAAAUUCCCCUCAAAUAAUUUAUAUUUUGUAAUUUUAUUUUCAACAUUUUUGAUCUUAUUAGAAGUUGAUUAUGUCUGAUAUUCUCUUUAUAUAAAGUAAACGCCAAAGCAUCGAGCACAAAUUAAUAAAAUGAGUAACGAAAUAAUGCUUAAUCGUAUAAGGAUAUCUACUGCUUUGUUUUUAAUAAUUAUUUGCUUUUUACUUUAUAAUUUGGACUUGAUUUUGUUAAACAUCAAACUUUAUUUCUUAGCUUUUUUCAAUAGGUGGAUUGUUUAGAUUUCAUGCUUGCUAUAACAUUUGUAUUUACAACCUAACAUGCAUAUGUUCUAUUUGAUUGUAUCUUAAGAAACUGCUUAUAUUACACCCAAAAUUAAACCUGGUGUAGAAAUUGUUCAUAGUUUAAAUUAUGCUUAUUGCUAUGAAUAAACAAGGCGAAGAAAA